GCAAUCUCUUUCUGGAGAAAAGGACAUUUCAGAUCUGAACUUCAAAUGCACCUCACAUUCCGAGAACCCCUUCAGUUCACUACUGAAAGCGCCUCUGACCAGACCUCCUCCAAACAUGAGGAAGCUGCUGUUCUGUCUUGUGUGGUUCUUGGAGAUUUGGCAAGGUGCAGCUUUACUUUCAUUUCGGAGUCCAAGCCGUGUGACGCCGGUGAAUUGCGUUUGGACCGCCUUCGGUGCGUGGUCAGAAUGUGACGGCUGUACUAAAACUCAGACCCGUCGGAGGUCCAUCGAGGUUUACGCUCAGUUUGAGGGCCUGGAGUGCUCUGGAUCUGCAUAUGAAACUCAGACGUGUCAUCCCACCAGAGGAUGCCCUAUAGAAGAUGGGUGUGGAGACAGAUUUAGAUGUACUUCAGGUCAGUGUAUCAGUAAAGCGCUGGUAUGUAACGGGGACCAUGACUGUGAAGAAGACAGCUAUGACGAGGCUAACUGUGACGUGCGUGCCAAAGUUUGUGACACCGAUAAAUAUGCUCCCAAUACAGAAAAGACUGGAUUAGGUUUUGAUAUCAUCACCCGAAAACCAAAGAGCAGUGUCAUUCACACAAAAAGUUUUGGGGGGCAAUGUCGCAAAGUAUUCAGCGGUGACAGCAGAGAAUUCUUCAGGUUAAGUGACAAUGUCCUCACCUACACAUUUAAGGUACAAGCAAAGAAUGAUUUUAGCUAUGACUUCUAUGAAAGCAAAUGGUCCUAUGCGAAAGACACGGAAAGACGCGUGCGGUCUGACUACGGUGAAAGAAGCGAUGAUACAGAUUCUCAAACAUAUACACAUGACAAGAGUUACCAGUACAUGGUUAUCAGGAAUCACGUGGAAGUGGCGCAGUUCAUAAAUCGCGAUCCAGAGUUUUUAGUCCUCGCUGAACCGUUCUGGAGAGAACUUUUCAGUCUUCCCUCGGUUUAUGAAUACAGCUCCUACCGAAAAUUCAUUGACAGAUACGGAACACAUUUUCGAAAGUCUGGAUCUUUGGGUGGAACCUAUGAAUUUCAGUUUUACCUGGAGACGGAGAAAAUUACCAAAAACGGUAUGACGAUGUCCGAUAUGCAAAAGUGUACCUCCACCAGUGUAGAUUUGUUAUUCGUGAAGUAUUCAUCGACGGAAUGCAAGCAUCUGUAUGAAGCCAUAAAAUCUUCCUCUGGUUCUGGUGACAAAGAGGUCCGUGGCAAGGCGACUGUCACAGGUGGAGAACCCAAAUUUGUCACGGCUCUCAGCUAUUUCUCAAUGGAUAACCCAGUGGCUAACGAUGAACGUUACGCUGCCUGGGCUGGUUCCGUAACAAAUCUGCCAAGUGUUAUCAAGCAAAAGCUUGUUCCUUUAUAUGAGCUGGUAAAGGAGGUGCCAUGUGCUUCAGUUAAAAGAAUUUUCCUGAAACGAGCUAUUGAGGAAUACAUGGCUGAGGAUAAUUCGUGUCGCUGCAAGCCAUGCAGGAACAAAGGCGUGCCUGCCGUGGUGGAUACAAAAUGUGUGUGCAACUGUAAGCUAAGCACGUAUGGCUCUGCAUGUGAAUUCGGUUCUCUAGUAAAUGAUGAUGCAGGAGUUAUUGAUGGUAAUUGGGGCUGCUGGUCGCCCUGGAAUGCGUGUCGAGGAACCUCAGGAAGAAGGGUACGGAGUCGCGUGUGUAAUAACCCUGCACCUAGCGGGGGAGGGCUGCGAUGCAUUGGGGACUCCAUAGAAAGCCUUUUGUGUGAACAGGAUGAGCUGGAACAUUUACGCACUGUGGAGCCCCAUUGCUUCGAUAUCCAAAUUCUACCUACGGAGUUCUGUGGUUCUCCUCCACCCCUGGAAAAUGGAUAUGUCCAGGACGAUGAUUCGUCAUACCAUGUUGGAAAACGUAUUGUGUACACCUGCAGGAAUGGCUAUACACUGGUGGGCAAUCCUGUUGCUGAAUGCAAAGGAGAUCAUCAGUGGCAUGGUGUCGACAUGAAAUGCCAAAGAUUGCUGUGUUCCAGACCUGAUCUUUCAGAACACCUUAGCAUUGCCCCAGUGAAAUACUCUUACCAGAUAGGGGAUAAAAUAACACUAUCUUGCCCACCUGACCUGCAAUUAGACGGCCCAGCUGUCACUCUGUGCAGUUCCAGCCUUACUUGGAAUCCUAAUGUAAAAAAUAUCCAGUGUACAAAGAACACUGCAACUCCUGCUCCAAAGGUGAAGAUUCCCAAAUGCAAACCGUGGGAAAAGCUGGUGGAUUCCCAGUGUGCCUGCAAAAUGGCGUAUGAAUGCGGCUCCUCGCUGCCGGUGUGUGCUGUAGAUAGAAAGAGCAAAAAUGUUGCCCUCACAAUCUGCAAACUGCAUGCUCUUGAAUGCGCGGGGUGGCAAUACCCUGUGACUGAAGAGGCAAAUUGCAAAUUCCCGGACUCGACAGGAAGGUCAUGUGAUGAAUGCCACCUGUGGGAAACCUGCUCAGGUAAGACAGGACCAUGUGUUUGCCGAGAAGUCGGGACCUGUGAAGAUGAAGGGAUCAGCAUUUGUGUCCUGGUGGACGGCGGGAAGCAAACCAUGAGUGAAUGUGACGCUGGAAUCCUGAAAUGCCAGGGGAAGAAUGUGGCAAUUGUCAGUAAGAGUCCCUGCGACGUCUAGAGAGAUCACAGCCUUGCACUGAUCCGCUCUUGCCCUGCCAGAGAACACGUCAAACUCACUCAGCAUAUCAGCUGCUCUGCAGCUCCUUCAUGCCCCAAAUGCCACGGAAUUGUAUUACUGUGUGUACAAAGAGCGACAUCAAAGUCAGGAUGUCAGGUCAUGUGUUUGUCUUCUGUAAAAGCAGACGUACGGAGGUUUGCACCAGCUAAAAAUAAAAGCGAUUUUGUACAAUCA